CGCGGGACGCUCCUAUCUCAGAACUCAUCGCGCUUCUUUCCCUCUCAAACCCAUCUACCGCCUCAGAAUGGCGCACACCCUCGCCCAAGAGCGUUUUCUCGCCGACAAGACCGUCCCGCUCUGCGGCAUGCAGAUCGGCGACGCGUUCAAGCAGCUGAGUGACAAGGAAAAGAAGUAUGCGCAUUUUAUGGCCGAGGCGGCUUGGGCUGGCGCUCGUAUCAUUCAAGGGCAAUGGACGCCACAGGCAGUGGACCUAUAUGACCUGCUUUUGUUGACUUUGAGCGACGCAUCCGGGAACUUGGCUGGCUUCGACCAGCUUCGCCAAGCUGCUGGGGUCACAGCAGACGACUGGGAACAGGCAAUUCAAUACACCAUCCAGGUCAUCAGCAACCUCGUCAACUAUCGCUCCUUUGGCUUCACCAAGAUCGUCCCGCGCGUCCCUGCGGACAAAUUCGAGGCAAUCAUCUCGAAGUCCGCCAACUCAUCCAAGGCUUUGCCGCUCUGGAAUAAGCUGAAGGAUCACAUCUACGCUCUCUCGCCAGAGGAGUCCCUCUACAUCGGCAAGCCGAAGGAUGGCAACAUCAGCAACUACUACCCGUCUGAACUCGCUAUCACGGACGAGGAGGUUGCUGCCGUCCAGCAGGCCGCCGAGAAGAACGGCGUGGAUGUUUUGAACACUCGUAUCCGCAAAGUCUCCCCCACCGAAUUCGUGCUCCUCGUCGCGUCCGCGAAAUCCGACCUCGCCAGCAACACUUACGACGCGACCGUGAACGACACGCCCGCAAAAGUCACCGUGCAGUACGGCGACUUCUCCAGCGCGCUGACGAAAGUCAACGCCGCGCUCGCGGAGGCGAAGAAGUACGCGGCGAACGCGACGCAGGAGCGGAUGAUCGACGGGUACAUCAAGUCCUUCGAGACCGGGUCCAUCCAGGCGCACAAAGACGCGUCUACGGAGUGGGUGAAGGACGUGGGACCGGUGGUGGAGACGUAUAUCGGGUUCAUCGAGACCUACGUCGACCCCUACGGCGCGCGCGCGGAGUGGGAGGGCUUCACUGCGAUCGUGAACAAGCAGCUCAGCGCCAAGUUCGAGAAGCUCGUCAACUCGGCGCCCACGCUGAUCCAGGAUCUGCCGUGGGGCAAGGACUUCGAGGUCGACGUGUUUCGCAAGCCGGACUUCACCGCGCUCGAGGUCGUGUCCUUUGCGACCGGCGGCAUUCCUGCAGGCAUCAAUAUCCCGAACUAUUAUGAAGUCCGGGAGAACACUGGCUUCAAGAACGUGUCACUCGCGAACAUCCUAGCUGCCAAGUCGCCGAAUGAGGAAGUCACCUUCAUUCACCCUGAUGACCUCGAGCUGUACAAUGCGUGGGACAGCAAAGCCUUCGAGGUGCAAGUCGCGAACCACGAGCUCCUUGGACACGGCUCUGGGAAGCUCUUCCAGGAGGAGGCGGACGGCAAGCUGAACUUUGAUCCGGAAAAGAUCAUCAACCCGCUGACGGGCAAGAAGAUUGACUCCUGGUACAAGCCCGGUCAAACACCCGACUCAGUGCUCGGCGAGGUAUCAUCAUCCAUGGAAGAAUGCCGCGCGGAGACGGUGGCGCUCUACCUCGUUGGCAACCGUGACAUCCUGAAGAUCUUCGAUAUUACCUCCGACCAGGACAUCGACGACAUCCAGCACGCGACGUUCCUUCUCAUGGCCCGCGCCGGCCUGCGCGGGCUCGAGUUCUUCGACCCGAAGGCCGGGAAGCACGGUCAAGCGCACAUGCAGGCGCGCCUCGGCAUUACGCAGCACCUCUUCAAGAACGGAUUGGCGACGCUGGAGGAAGUGCGCGGGUCGGAUGGGGCGUUGGAGAAUGUGUAUGUGCGUGUGGAUAGGGAGAAGGUGUUGAAGGAGGGCAAGCGCGUGGCGGGAGAGUUGCUGGUGCAACUCCAAGUUCGCAAGAGCACUGCGGACGGCGCCGGCGCUCGCAAGUUCUACGCUGAGCUCACGAAACCGAGCGAUGCUUGGGCAGGCGAGAUCCGUGACUUGGUCUUGAAGAAGAAGCAGCCGCGGAAGAUCUUCGUCCAACCGAAUACCUUCGUCGUGAAUGACAAGGUUGAGUUGAAGGAAUACCCUCUGACGCCGGCGGGUGUUAUUGAGAGCUUCCUCGAGCGCAAACUGUAGCUUUUACCUCCAAAAAAGCACUAUAUACCGCUGGCUACACUUCUUGGCUCCCUAUUUUGCACGGUUCGUUCAUCUGCCACACCGAAACCAGCUCUUGCUGCCUGUUGUGGGCGUCAGUGAUGGCG